UCAUGUUACCCAGACCUCAUAUUUUUUAGGGGAAAUAUAUUAACAAUAUGCUCGUAAAAAUGAAAAUAAUUAAAUCCAGUUUUACACAUGUGUGAUCUCUAAAAAAGAAAUAUAAGUCCGACAUUCAAAGACAGUGUCAGUGAAAACAACAGGAUGUUCGACUGGUACUUUGUCUACUGAGGCAGUUUGUUUUGCAGGAUUGCAAAAUGAAAAGCUGGUGGGUUUUUGUCUGCUGUCUGACAUUAACAUGUCAGCAUGCAAACACGAUUAAAGUGAAAGAAAAUGUGUUUCUGGAAAUGUCAGAUUUGAAAGAACUGUGCCCCUAUUCGUCAUUUUGUGGACAAAAUGCUUCGGCUGAAUUUCAAUAUUCACAAAAUUACAGACCGUGCUGCCGGUCGUGCUCAUGUCUGGCUAACUGUGGCUUGCGCGGGAACUGCUGUUUCGAGGAGUUAAAUCAAUACAACGCUGGAAAUGAUAUGAUCUGUAGGCAUACAUUUCCUGUUGAACCGCGCAAAUACCAAGGAUUUCUUAGGAGUAUUUUGAAGAAUGCGCCACAUUACAGAAUGAUAGAUAUAUGUAGUUAUUCUGACAAAAUAGCUCGAGAGUCUGGUACAAAAUGUGAGCAAAAUUCGUCUAACGUUGAGAGAUCAUUAUCUCCGAUGUUUUCUCCUACCAAAGGACUCAUUUAUAUCAAUGCUCACUGUGCCGAAUGUAACAAUGUUUCAGAUGCCGUGCCAUGGCGCAGAGCAAUCAUGUGCCCGUCAGAGGCAGAAGCUCCACUCUCUGAAUUUAUGGAUAAUUUUAAUGGAAUAGAAAUCUCGAGUGAUUAUUCUGGUUGUCUCCUGUACUACAUUCCACCCCCUGAAGUUAAUUUAGAUAUAUUGUCCUGCUACCCCAGCGUCAUAAGGCAAUGUAACACUACGGGGAGAAUGAAAAGGCGUGACCUAUCUUGGAACUUUUGUGAAAUGUUUAAUGCUACUUUUACUAUCGAGACCGUAGGACAUUUACAAGCGUAUGCAAAUGUAUUCUGCUUCAUGUGCAAUACUGUUAUAGACAGGAACAGGAUCAAAGAGAUGCAAUGCACGAAACAAAAGCUCGGUAGCAAAAAAUCACCCAUUGUUCCUUAUGCUCCUUUGUCAAUUAUUUUAGAUUUAACAGACGUGAAACGAAGUUCAAUUUCAAGACGUUAUUACGAAAAGACUCACUGCCCAGAAAACAGCGUGAUGGUUGCAUCAUUCACGACGAUUUGUCGUCCGCUUAAAUGCAAAAUGGGACAGCUCCUGAUUAACAACACGUGUGAUUAUUACUCCAGAGAGUGGAUUGGUGGUCCUUUUGCUGUAAUGUUGAGACUGUCUCCGCUAAACAAAGACACGUUCCUUCAAAGCUCUUUCUUUAGAGAUAUGUCGACACAGAAUAAAAAUGACGGCCGGGCAAGGUGGAUACGGAGAAAGACGUUGAAGCAGUGGAAGUUUCUUGUUUUGUAUCAUCCUUUCCAAAACCAGUUUACCUCAGUAGAAUAUAUAAUCGUUAAAACUACAUAUCCCUCAAAUUCGGUAGAUCCUCAUUUCCUAAUGGCAUCUGUCAGUAAAGCGUUAGAAGACGUGUGGGAAAUUAACUAUUUGAAUUCCACUUUCUAUUUCAAGGUGAGUUUAAAUGAAUACUUUAAAUAUGAUUUGAUAUUCCAUGACGACAUUUUAUCUAUGGGAAUUAUGGGCAUAAAUAUUCAUCCCUUCAAAUUCGCUUAUUACCCCGAAUUGAUGAAAUGUAUUCUUAACAUCGAUUAUGAAUUCAUGUUAUUUCCUGUUUCGGACAUGCAUGAAAAUGAACUUGAUGAAGGUUUUUUCGUCACCAAAUUGUUUUUCUGUGAACAGAUUGAUUUACUUCCAGAAGAAGUCAGUUAUUAUAAUAUAUGUCCUGCAGGAGUUUUCUUCAAAGUCAAAAAUGUAACAUUACACACAUUCAGUAGAGUUACAUUGCCUGGCGCUACUCUGAACACAGCUAAGACUUCAACCACUUUUCCAACGUUAGAUGGAAUGACUGUUCGUGUAUGUGUAGAUGAGUUUGAGCAAAACACGUCUGUUUCCACCAGUACGUCAGUACAUAUUUUGGGAGUAUGUGCUUUGGUAUACAAGACUAUCAAAUAUUUGUGAUUGUAUCGGGCUAUGUUUAACAUUAUUUUCAGAUAAUUUCAGAACAUUCUUUCGGCAAGUUUAUAAACAAUAAGACUGCUACUUUUUCCAAACAAAAUACUGUGAAAUCAUUUAAUUUCGUGGGCAUGAAAUUUCGUGGUUUUGGUCAAAACGGCAAUUUCGUUGGGAUAUGAAUUCGUGGAUUUCAAUGUUUGAACAUAAAAUGAAUAGGAAUUUUACUUGUUCGUUGGGAUUAAAUUUCGUGGAUUGACUCAACCACGAAAUCCACGAAAAUUAGUCCCCAACGAAUAUUAAUGAUUUCACAGUAUACAUUUAUGUUUCAGUCAUAUGUCUAAGCUGCCUUGUGCCUCGGCUUUAAACGAAACACGA